AUGGAGGCACUUCAGACUCCUGCAGAUUGUAAAAGUUUAAUUGAAAAACUAAAAAUAUGUGAUCACGAUGAGCUGCUCAAUGAAUUAAAAAAGAUUAGAACAUGGAACUGUGGUAAGUGUGAAUUAUAUCACUGGAUUGAUGUGCUAGAUAUAUUUGAUACAAUAUUAGAGACAGCAUGUCAGAAAACAAAGGAAAAGCAGUGGUGUUUACCAUGUGAUAUGCCUGGAGAGCAUAAGGUAGUCAAGUGUUUAAUUUGGAGCCAGAAACUUACGAUGUUUUUCAUUUUAGUUCUAUAUAUCUACUGGAAUAUACCUGAUAUUAUUAAAACAUACGAAAUUGAUAGAACUAGUAAUGAUAUAUGCCUCCAACUACACCCAGCAGACAUGCAUAGCUACGAAAUAAGUUUCGAUUAUAAUCCCGAAACAAACAGAUACUUUCAGUGGAUAGUGUACACAGAUGGUUCUAAGCAAGAGUGCGGAGUGGGAGCUGGUCAUCUAACAACUCUGUUAUCUUCAAGUGAUAUGCAGGUAGUUUUAGGAGUCUUGAAUUUGUUAUAUGUAUUCAGCAAAAGAUCAAAUUUCAUUACCAGGCUAAAUGUUGAAAGGAGGCAAGCCUUACUUACUAGACUUACAUAUUUAGCAGAGAGUUGGGGAGGCAAAGAAAAUGGUUUUGGUCUUGCUGAGUGCUGUCAAAACCUUCCCAUCAGUCAUUUUCCAUCCAGUGCAACAACGCUACACUUUGAAUUCUAUUUAGAAAAUGCUGAUGAAAAAUCUGUAAAAAGGCAUCUUCCAAAUACCAUGUGUUGCAUUCAUGUAGAAAAUGUUGAUCAGAUAUUAGACAAAAAUCCAUCACAGAUUAUGGAAGAUCUAAUAGAAACUCACUGUGUUGCAGAAAGCAAACAGAUGUUGUUGUUUACACAUUUAAGGCUGGCACAUAGUUUUUCAGAUUACAGUAAAAGAUUACAAUGUGUUCAAGCUAGACUUCAAGCACUCUCUGUAUUAGUGUACUGCAAUGCUAUACAAGAUAAUGCUAAUUUAUUGCUAUAUAAUGGUCUCAUUGAAGAAUUAGUUGAUGUUUUGGAACUACAUGAUCCCAGUCUUAUAGAAAUAAAGGCUGCUUCACUCAGGACAUUAACGUCUAUAAUUCAUUUAGAAAGAAAUCCAAAGAUAACUGCAAUUAUUGAUGCCACUGGUGCUGCUUAUUAUCAUGGAUUUUUGCCAGUAUUAGUUAGGAGCUGUAUCCAUGCACUUACUGAACCAGAUGCUGAACCAUUUGCUCUUCCUUUUGCAACAGCUCUAUUUUCUUUUCUUUAUCAUCUAGCAAGUUAUGAAAGUGGUGGAGAAGCUUUAGUUUCUUGUGGAAUGAUGGAAGCCUUAUUAAAAGUUAUAAACUGGCAUGGAACAGAACCUGAACAUAUAACAUUUGUAACUAGAGCAGUUCGAGUGAUAGAUUUAAUAACUAAUUUAGAUAUGCAAGCAUUUCAAUCUCAUGGUGGUCUUGCCAGUUUUAUUCAAAGACUAGAAAUGGAAGUUGAUAUCUGUCGUCAAGAAUUACCAUAUGUGAUACAGCCACAGCAGAGAACAGAAUCAUCUGUUGAUUUUCCUGCAUCACCAUCUGCUGUUGUUGCAACAGCUAAUGUUGAAAGUCAAGUACCUAUGGAAAUAGAUACAAUAAAUGUUACUGCUCAUACAAGUGAAGCAGGACCUCAAACAUCAGACUCUAAUGUGGCAUCUACCAGUUCUCAGGAUACUGUAGGGAAAUCUAACAUACUAGAAAUUACAAAAUAUGAGAAUGAAUUUGGUAUUCAGUGUUUUCCACAAAGGGCAGCUCUUCUGAAAUCAAUGUUAAAUUUUUUAAAAAAAGCUAUUCAAGAUCCUGCAUUUUCUGAUAACAUUAGGCAUUUGAUGGAUGGCUCUCUACCAAGAUCUUUGAAACAUGUAAUAAGUAAUGCAGAAUAUUAUGGACCAUCAUUAUUUCUUUUGGCUAUGGAUGUUGUAACGGUAUAUGUAUUUCAAGAACCUUCGUUACUAUCAUCAUUACAAGAUAUCGGAUUAACGGAUAUUGUUCUUCAAGCUUUGCUUGUAAAAGAAGUUCCAGCUACACGUGAAGUACUUGCCUCAUUACCAAAUGUGUUUAGUGCUCUGUGUUUAAAUGCAAGAGGACUCCAAGCAUUUGUGGCAUGUAAGCCAUUUGAAAGAUUAUUUAAAGUUCUUUUAUCACCUGAUUAUCUUCCUGCAAUGAGACGGCGUCGUAGUUCUGACCCAGUUGGAGAUACUGCCAGCAAUUUAGGGAAUGCAAUGGAUGAAUUAAUGCGACACCAACCAAGUUUACGUGCUGAUGCAACUGCUGCUAUUAUCAAGCUUUUAGAAGAACUUUGUGCUAUGGGUAGAGAUCCAAAGUAUAUAUGUUCUAGGCCUGCACCAAAAAAUGAUAAUACAACAAGUAUUAGCACACGAAACAGUAAUGUUAGUACUGAUACUGGUUCAUCAGAUGAGGAUGAUGAUGAUGAUGAUGAGACUGGUGGUAAUCCAGUUUCAAGUUUAUUAAAAUCUGGAACUGAGAAACCAACAGUACCUGAACUUCUUGGAACAGAUAUGAAAACACCAAUACCUCUUGUUGAUUAUAUUUUAAAUGUGAUGCGAUUUGUUGAUGCCAUUUUAAGUAAUAAUUCAACAGAUGAUCACUGUCGUGAAUUUGUUAGACAGAAAGGUUUAGUGCCUUUAAUGGGAAUACUUGGAUUACCAAAUUUACCUAUAGAUUUUCCAAUUACACCAACUUGUCAAGCUGUUGCUAGUGUAUGCAAAUCUAUUUUGAAUUUAGCACAUGAACCUCAAGUGCUCAAACAAGGAUUAUUGCAUCUCAAUGAAGUUCUUCAGUCUUUGGAACCAUUGCAUCGACCAUUGGAUCCUCCAGGUGGUAGUGUUCUUUUAGAAGAAUUAAUCAGUUCAUCAAAUCCAAGUGAAGCAACAUUGAGUGCCCAGUCUACACCAUUAUUACAUGCCAUGGCUUCUGCACAUGCAUACAUAAUUAUGUUUGUUCAUGUGUGCAGAACUGGACAAAGUGAUAUUAGAACUAUCUCUAUUAGUCACUGGGGUUCUGAACUUGGUUUAAGUGUACUUAGAGGAUUAAGUAGAUUGUACACAUCUCUAGUCUGGGAAAGCACUGUACUUUUAGCAUUAUGCAGUGAAAACACUUUACCUGCUGGUUGUCAGUUUGGCCGUCAUCAGUUAGAGAGUCUUUUACCAAAGGAUCCUUUAAAGAAUGAAAAACAAGAAAGUGAAAUGAAUGGAACUACCUCUACAAGUGAUAUUGGUUCAAUUGAAGUCACAUCUGCAAUGGAAGCAUUAAGUACUAAUGGUAGUACAUCAGUAAUGGAAAUAGAUGAUACAGAGAGUAAUUCUAGCGCAGCUGAGAAGCCUAAAGGGAAAUCAUCUCAAUUACAAGCACAAAUUAAACAAAUAAAGCCUCUCUUGUCUGGUGCUUCAAGAUUAGGGCGUGCUCUUGCGGAGUUAUUUGGUCUUCUUGUAAAGUUGUGUGUUGGAUCUCCAGUACGCCAACGACGAGGACAACAAAUUUCUCCAUCGCCAACAGUCCCAAGUCCUGCAGCUCGUGAAGUAGCAUCUGCUCUCACUAGUUUAUUAGCAUCGGGUCUUUCGUGGGAACCUCCUGCAACUUCACCUUUACCAAAAUUUAGAUUGACUUUUUAUAUAUGUUCAGUUGGAUUUACUUCUCCAAUGUUGUUUGAUGAGAGAAAAUUUCCUUAUCAUUUGAUGCUGCAGAAAUUUGUUUCUAGUGGUGGGCAAAAUGCAUUUUUUGAAACAUUUCGAUGGGCAUUAACAGCUGGUGGAACAGUACCAAUUGAACAUGGUCUGGAACACCCUAAUUUACCAGAUGGCACAGGAGAAUUUCUUGAUGCUUGGUUAAUGUUAUUAGAAAAAAUGGUCAAUCCAAAAACAGUUCUUGAAUCUCCUCAUACAUUACCAACUAAGUCUAAUCAAGUUGGAUUUGUAAAUUUCAAUCCUGUUCAUUAUCUAAUUAGAACACAUAAGUUGGCUUUUGAAGCAAUAAUGCAUUUAUGGGAUAGAAAACCACUGAAAAUGUAUGGAGAUAGGAUGUCUGAAUCAAUGCUAGCUAUUCUUUGUCAUUUACUUAGAGGCGAGGCUGUAAUAAAGAUUGUCUUCGAUGAAUUUAAAAGAGCCGUAGGAGUUACUUUCGAUCGUUUCAAUCAAACAUAUUUUGUCAAAGCCAGGAAAGAGAUAAUAAUAUCAGCAGGUACUAUAAAUUCACCUCAGUUGCUAAUGCUUUCGGGUAUCGGACCUAAAGAAGAUUUACAACGUUUACGGAUUCCAGUUAUUUCAAAUCUUCCAGUGGGUUUAAAUCUACAAGAUCAUAUCUUCCCAUUAGGACUGGAUUUCUUAAUUAAUAAACCGAUUUCAGCGGUUCUUCAACGAUUUUUCACUCCAAAGGCGCUGCUACAAUAUUAUAUUGCAGGGAGAGGGAUUUUGACACUUUCUAUCGGAAUAGAAGGUAUAGGAUUCAUAAACACUAAGUACGCAAAUCCAGCCGAUGAUUACCCUGAUAUUCAGUAUCAUUUUUUAUCUGGAGGAAUGGCUUCUGAUGGAGGAAAACUAUUUUUUCCUGCAGCAGGAUUGAAAAGAGAGAUAUAUGAUUUAUAUUAUAGUCCAUUCGAAUAUGACGAUGCAUUUUCUAUAUUUCCUGUUUUGAUUCAUCCCAAAAGUCGUGGAUACGUUAAAUUAAGAAGUGCCAAUCCUUACGAACAUCCAAUUAUUCAACCAAAUUACCUAUCUCAUCCCGAGGAUAUUUUAAGAAUUGGUCUGAAUGUGGAUUGGGAUAUGUCAGAAGAGGAUCAGAUGUUAAGGGCAAUUGCUAUGUCUUUGGGAGAAAAUGUUCUUGUUUCUACAAGUCAGGAAGAUGCAGCUGCUGGUAAAACUGAAGAAGUUAAAGAACAAGAGAAAGAUCAGCAGCAAAUGACACAGCAUUUGCAAGAAGAAGAACCAUUAGCAACUAUUGUCAUAGAUCAUUUUACUGAACAUAUGCUACCUGGUUGUUUGAGAUUACUUGAUAUACUUCCAGAUACUGUAUACAGAGCUUGUGAUCUUAUUGUUGCUGUAGUAGUAAGAAAUGGUGAAGCUUGGCGUGAGAGAAUGCUGCUGCAGUUAUUACAAGAGAUUAUAGAAAAUGUUAAUGCUUUGCUUAAAGCAGCAGCACCAAUGACAACCUCUGAUACACGUUCACUUGAAGAAUGGAGCUGUCAACUAGCAUCUCUUCCAGAAGCAAAUAAAGCAGCUGUACGAAUACAUCUAUUUACAUUAUUGUUUGAGGAGAUGAAGAUGCCAUGUGCGACAUUAGCUGAAAAAAAUGGAUUGGUUGAUUUAUUAGUUCAACUCUUAGAUGCAGCACAACAUUCAUUAACUUUGGUGAAAGAAUCGCCAACUCCAAAGUGGUUAGCUCCUCUAGUCCUUCUGAUAGAUCUAUAUGAGAAGGCUGCAAUUGCUUCAAGAAGAAGAGCUCCUUUACUUCAGAUUCCUAAACGUCAAUGGAAAUGGUUUGAUGAUAGGAGUAACAGAUGGAAUAGUUACACUGCAAAUAAUAAUAAAUCAAUAGAUGAUGCAUAUAGAAAUGGAGAACAAACAGUGCGAUUUACUGCUGGAAGGAGAAGAUAUACUAUUCAGUUCAGUACAAUGGCUCAGGUAAAUGAAGAAACUGGAAAUUGGAGACCUGUUAUGCUUACUGCUGAAACAAAAGAAGAAAGUGAAAAAGAUAAAGAGAAGAAAGAAAAUAAUAAAUCUAAAGAGAAAGGAAUGGAAACAGAUGAAGCUUCAAACACAGAAACUGUUGUAUCAGGAACAUCAAAUGCUACAUCAGAAGUAGAAUCUGUUAAAGGCUUAGUACCUGAUCAAUGCGAAACAUUAAUAAGGUAACAUAAUUAUAAAAUCU